ACCAAAAUUUGUUCUUCCAGCUACCAAACUGAAAUGUUUUUCCUUGAGAAAGUGCCGAAAAAUGUCUAAGCAAUUGUUUUUGAAGUACUUGGAUUUUCUUAGGCCAUUAUAUCAAAGGAUACGAGGAUGUAAGCCAGGUGACAAAUCCAAAGGUGUUGAUGCAAGAGUACAGCCACGCGAUUCUGCUCUUCUUCUUCUCCCCUGUAGCCGAACAAAGAGCCCCAGCCACCGACAACACCCCCUCUUGGGAAACGAAAAUUUCAGAUCUACUUUAUUCCUUCCCUUGCUCUUGGCUAUGUGUGGGUGUGAAUUUUUCAAAUUUCUGAUCCCCCUGAUUUCUCCUUCCAUUCCGUCAGCCUCCCCCAAACUCGCCAGCUCCGGUUUGCUUGCUGAAUUUUCUGGUUCUUGAUUAUUCUGUCACCCUAGCACUUGGAGUGAGUUUUCUGUGUUAUACGAUUGAGGUAAGUAAAUUAUGGUAACUCCUUUCGAUUUCAAAGUAAAAGCAUAUUUUAAAUUGUUUUUAACAUGGUGGCAAGGUUUAAUUGAUUUUAUUAGCACCGAGCAUGAUUGAUUUGAAAUGGAAUUAUUAUCAUUUUCAUUGAGUAGAGCACGCCUCCUUGGAGUUUACUUAACUGCCCUGAUGAACUGAGAAUUUUUGUAAAUUAUGAUUUUCCUGUUAAAUCCAUGCCCACAUGGGAUUUUUCUGGUUUAUUCUUUAAAUUUGAGAUUGAUUGUGAAUUAUUGAUUUUUCAUGUAAAUCCUGCAUGAUUUUGUCUUUAACAUAGUCAUGAUUACUGACGCCCGCUAGUGGGAGUUUGCAAUCGCUAGCACAUGUCAACAUGUUUAUCGAUAGGAUCGGUUCAUUCUGUAAUCCUGCUAAUGGGAUAAUACAUUGAUUAUUACUGACGCCUGCUAGUGGGAGUCUGCUAGUGGGAGUUUGUUAAACACUGGCCAUGGCUUAUAGAUGGCACUAUUACUGAAUCUUAUUCUGCAUUAACGGUUUAUCAUUGAACGUUUUGUUAUGUUAAAUUGUUUAUCAGGCAUACUUAAAAUUUUAUUCACGGGCUAUCCAUAUUUUUACUUACUGAGAUAUCUUAUCUCAUAGUUUUCCUUGUCCACCAUUUUAGGAAGUGAGACCCGAGGGACGGUUAACCAGGGGAAGUGACAAGCUAGAAGGCUAGUCAGUAUUUUGGACUUAGAUCCUUUUUGGACUUAGACCGUUAGUCACACAUGCUUGACAUAGAUGUUAAAUGAUAAAUCAUUUUUUUGUAUACUGAGUUUCCCUUGGUUAUAGCCAUUGACUGUUUUAUAAACUUUCGUACAUUUU